AUGGGAUCACCAAACCUCAUGGUCUCCUUUGUACUGUACACCGUCACGUCAUUACGGCAGCAGGCCGGUGCGGCAUCUUCCUCCGUGAACAGGAUGAUGAGCCAUAGCGUCAACUGGCGCUGCCAGGACGUGCUCAAGCAAUGCAAAAAUAGGGCCGUACUCUUUGGUAAUGAGACCAAUGACAAGAAGAAAUGUGAUGCACAGCUUAAGGAACUGCUUGAUUUGGUUGACUCCGUUGUCUCGAUCAAGUGUGGGAAACCAUUUUCAAACCAGAUGUUUGCUCGCAUUAAUAUAGCACAUGAACAGAAGGAGCUCCAUGCAAAGGGAAGUUCUACUGAACAAUUAUCUGAAUUAAAGAAAGAGAGAUCAUAUGAUGAAUACUUUGCACAAGUUACCAGGAUGGUGGAAGAAAAACUAAAUAAAACAAUUGAGAUGAUGGGAAAACAGCUCCGUGAAGAAAAGACAGCAAGGCAGAAGGCGGAGGAAAAGGUGACAGAAGCGGUGUCCAAAUCGCAAGAUCAAAUGAGAAGACUCAGGUUGAGCCUAGCGAAGGCGCAAGAAGAGAGUGAUAAGGUUCGAGAAGAAAAUAAGAAAUACAGGGAAUCAGAAAAGGUUAGAAGAGAAAAGGAGGAAAAGACAAAAGAGGAGAUUGAAGAUCUUAAAGAUAAACUGAACAACAUGGAAAGGGAGCAGCAGAACAUGAAGAACAGCAAUAGUUGCAACAUUUUGUAA